CCCACCGGGAGCAGCAUGGCCUUGUCCUGUGCUGUAUCAUGCGAUGAGUGGCGGGAAAAGCAGGCCGCAGCCGUGAACGCAUGCGAGGAGGCCCGGUAUUUCGAGGCAGUGCAGCUCAUCAAUUCAGCGCUGGAGGCCUUUGAAGCUCAGGUGCCCGCGGCCAAAGAUCGCCCCGGGCAAUUGCUGACAGAGCCCCAACGCUUCGUGGAGGAGACCAAGAACUCUUCAAAUUCUUUGGGGGAGGCUGCAGAGCACUUGGCAGAUCUUUGGGCUACCCGGGCUGACAUUCUGAUGAAUCUGGGUGGUUUGAAACGCGCCUCCACCGAGCUGGCUGCAGCACUGGAAUUGGCUCCCGAGGUUUGGGUUGUGACACGUUUGAGGAAGCUGUACCUUUCAGCACUUUUGGCGCGGUUCCCAGCCCUAUGGAAGGGCUUUCAAUCAGUCCCACACAGCCGGAGGCCAAGCGCGUGAAAGAAUUGCAAGCUGAGUGCAAGAAGUUAGAGAAAUACCAGGAGGAGGGGAUUGCAGAAGAUGCCUUGGCUGCCUCGCAGAGCAAGGUGCCAGCGCACAUUUUAACUGGUUUCUUGGGCUCGGGCAAGACGACCCUGCUGAAUCACAUUUUGCGAGAAACGCACGGAAAGCGCUUUGCCGUGAUCGAGAAUGAGUUUGGCGAGAUAGGAAUCGAUGACAAGUUGAUUGCGCGGCGAGAGGACCUCGGUGCCGAACAAAUCAUCGAGAUGAACAAUGGAUGCAUUUGCUGCACUGUGAGAGGGGACCUGAUCCAGGGCCUUCGGAGCAUUUUGAAGAAGACCGCUUUGGAUGGCAAUAAGCUGGAUGGUGUCAUCAUUGAGACAACGGGCUUAGCAGAUCCGGCGCCCGUGGCUCAAACCUUCUUUGCGGAUGACCUGAUCCAAGCAAGGAUGACUUUGGAUGGCAUCAUCACUGUAGUCGAUGCGAAGCAUUGUUUGCAGCAUUUGCGGGAGGAGAAGCCAGAGGGCGUGGAGAAUGAGGCUGUUGAGCAGCUUGCUUUUGCCGACCGGAUCAUUGUCAACAAGACAGACCUGGUCGACGCGGCGGAGCUGGAAGGGUUGACGUAUGAGGUGCGGAAGAUCAACGCCGUGGCCCCCAUGAUCUACACACAGAACUCCAAAGUGGCAGUGGAUGAGAUCAUUGGCAUUCGGGGAUUCUCGUUGGACCGCGUCCUUGAGAGUGAUACGGAGUUUCUAAAGGAUGAUCAAGAUCACCAGCACGAUCAGUCCGUCAGCUCAGUCGGAAUUGAAUGCCCAGGUGAAUGUGACCAAGAGAAACUCAACAUUUGGAUUGCCACCCUUCUGCGUGAGCGCGGUGUCGACAUUUUCCGAACCAAAGGUGUUCUUGCAGUGAAAGGCUGCAACCAGCGAUUCGUUUUUCAAGGCAUUCACAUGAUAUUUGGUGGGCAGCCGCAGGAUGAUUGGCCUGAAGAAGAAGAGCGUGUCAACCGGCUGAUUUUCAUUGGCCGGAACUUGGAUCGGGAAGAGCUGCAGCGUGGAUUUCGAAGCACACUGGUGACGUACAUUGGCCCAUGAGGCCACAGUGUGCAGCUGCAGCGGGGUG